AUGGCAGAAACAAGCGAUCCACCAAUGGCUAAUACGGAUGCAAACCGUGUGGAAGUGAUAGGUCCACAGUUCUGUGCUCCAUACGCUAUUGAUCUGAGCAUCAUUAAGAAAGUUAUGACCUUAAAAGAUGGUGCUUUUCAAGUCCUUGAUGUCAAUGAAAACGUCGUAUUCUCUGUCAAAGGCAUGGUCUUUAGUCUACGUGAACGUCGAGUUUUGGUAGAUGGUGAUGGCACUCCUUUAGUCACUUUCCAACAAAAGCUAUUGAGUGCUCAUAAUAGAUGGCAAGCGUUUAGAGGCGAGGGCACAGACCCUAAACAAUUGCUUUUUAGCGUUAAGAAGUCUGCACUCCUACAAUUCAUGAAGACCAAGUUAUAUGUAUAUUUGGCUACUAACACUAAAGAAAAAGUUUGUGACUUCAAAAUUGAAGGCAGCUGGAUGGAAAAAUCUUGUGUUAUUUAUGCUUCUAAUUCUACUGAAAUUGCCAAGAUGCACAAGAAACGCACCGCUUCAAGCAUGUUAGUUGGCAAAGAUAAUUUCGGUGUAACUGUGAGUACGAACGUUGAUUUUGCUUUUAUAGUUGCUUUUAUUGUGAUUCUUGAUGAGAUCAACGAAGAAUGA